AUGGCUACCCCCAGUGUUCUCGCUUUUAACGCUGAGGGUCGAGCCAUUGACUUUGAGGUCCGGGUAGAUGACCUGCAGCUUUUCCUACAGUGCGAUAGGGCAGACGGUCUCUCCCUCUUUGACCUCACCUCUGGCGCCUCCCCUGCCCCUGCUGCUGACGCUGACGCCACUGUUCGCUCCCAUUGGGCCACGCGCGAUGCUGCUGUACGUCUUGCUGUGCAUCGCCACCUGCCUACCUCCAAGCGCGCGCACUUUAGUCAGUACAGGAGUGCUCAGACCUUGGGUGUUCCCCCUCCCGCCUACUGCCCUCUGUUGCCUCUGCUGCUGCGGCCGACCUCCUUGGUCUUGAGUCGGUCGGUGCGGCGUCUGCCCCUAGCGGGAGACCCCGCUCUGGCAAGGGCAAGGGGGGCAGGGGCACUGGAGGGGCAAGCGGGGGCGGUGGAGGUGGAGGUGGAGGCGGCGGGGGGAGUGGGGGUGGAGGUGGGAGUGGUGGUGGGGGUGGAGGUGUCGGUGGCGGCAGUGGAGGCGGAGGCGGCGACGGCGGUGGCGGUGGGAGCGGAGGUGGCGGAGGUGGCGGCGGUGGAGGAGGCGGCGGAGGCGGCGGUAGAAGCGGAGGCGGCGGAGGUGGCGGAGGCGGCGGGGGUGGCGGUGGAACUGGUCGCGGGUCUACGCAGAGGAGUGGCUCCGGUGGUGGUCCUCGCCAGCAGCAGCAGCGCGGUUGUGAGACCCUGUCCCCUCAGCAGCUCUGUGAGUGGUACACUGCACGCCAGCGGGGUGGGGGUUUUGGUCCGUGCACCUACGUCCUGCGCACCGGCGACCAUGCGGUUCUCGGAGGCCACACAGAUCCCUCGCUGGGGCGAGCUGUCUAGGGCGGGUGUUGCCAUCUAUGAUCUUGAUUUUGAUGCUAUUCUUUCUGCCAUGUAUGCUGUGUCUAUUAGUGAUGAGGGUGACUGUUACCGGUGUUUCCCGCCCAAUCCGGGCAUUGAGACUGCUGCUCUAGGUACUGGUGAGGCGGCUGCCCUAGGUACUACGUCGGCUUCGGCCUCCCUCACCUUCACCCUUGACUCUGGGGCUUCUCGCUCCUUCUUUCGGGACCGCACCACACUCACGCCGCUUAGUCGGCCGGUUGCGGUGUCUCUGGCUGACCCCUCUGGGGGUCCUGUCCUGUCUCACUUCUCCACGGUCCUCCCGUGUCCGGCGGCUCCCUCUGGCACCGUGUCUUGUCUCUACCUCCCCUCGUUCUCUACCAACCUGGUGAGUGGUGCUGACCUACAGGAUGGGGGAGUACACCAGUUCACUCCUGCGCAUCAGCGAGUGACCCACUACACAGAAGCUAGCACAGGCCGACACCUGGCUACGUUCACCCGUCAGCCGGGGUCGAGCCUGUACACACUGACCACUGCGUCUCCUUCAGUUGUUGAGUCUGGUAGGGUCACUGCGUCAAGUCAGGUGUUUGCUGCAGCGUCCAGGUCUGGUCAUGAGUCUGCCCCCUGUUCAUGUCGUCUCCUGUCUUACGAGACUCUCCUCUGCCACCACCGCCUUGGUCACCCCUCUCUGCUUCGGCUCAGAGGCAUGGCCUCCCGUCUUCUUGUUUCUGGUCUCCCUCGGUCCCUCCCUCCUCUUCUUCAGGGCCCUGGCCCUACCUGUGUCCCCUGUGUCGAGGGACGCCAGCGGGCUGCCCCUCACUCCUCCCAGUUUCCUCCGACAGAGGCCCCGUUGCAGACGCUUCACAUGGACGUGUGGGGCCCCGCCCGCGUCCGUGGACAGGGUCACGAGCGCUACUUUCUGCUCGUUGUUAACGACUACUCGCGUUACACCGCAGUCUUCCCCUUGAGCAGCACGGGUGAUGUCACUGAGGUGCUGAUCGACUGGAUCCGCGCAGCUCGUCUCCAGCUCAGGCAGAGCUUUGGCUCGGACUUUCCUGUUCUGCGUCUGCACUCGGACAGAGGCGGAGAGUUUUUGUACGCGGCGCAUCAGAUCAACCUACACCCCAGGGUCUCCAGGCCGGAGACCUCCCAAUCCUUGCUGUGGACGGGGAAGGUUAGCAAUGCGUCGGCGUUCCGGGACGUCACGUUUGAUGAGCCGGUCCCCUACUACCGCCUCUUCCCCUACCGCACUCCGUCCCUCCCCCCGCCGCCGCUCUUCCUUGUACCAGGUCCCCCUCCGGUAGACCCCCUCCCCCCUCAGGGUCCGUCCCCUUCAGGUGUGUCCCACGUAGACGCGGUCGAGCCUGUCGAGGUCACUGGUGACUCUGGUGCUGCUGAGGGUGCUGCGACUGGGGGUGCUGAGCCAGGGGGUGCUGAGCCUGGAGGUGCUGCGCCUGGGGUGCUGAGCCUGGGGGUGCUGAGUCUAGGGGUGCUGCGCCUGGGGGUGCUGAGCCUGGGGGUGUUGAGCCUGGGGGUGCUGAGCCUGGGUGUGCUGAGCCUGGGGGUGCUGAGCUUGGAGCUGCGCGAGUGGUUUGCUCGGCGCUGGAGGCGUGCUGCCGGUGUUGGAGGUUCUUCGGCUACUGAGGGUGCUGCUGUCGCGGUUCCCGGAGGUGCUCGUACUGGGAGUACUAGAGCUGCUGGGCCUGCGGGUUCGACUGGAGCUGGUGCUGCUGAGGGUGUUGGAGCUGAGACUACUGCUCCCGGUCCUCCUGCGAGUACUCCUGGUACUGCUGGAGGUUCUGGCGCUAGUGGAGUUACUGCUGGAGCGGGUGCUCCUACUGGGAGUGCUGGUGCUGUACCGGCUGUGUCUUGCGUCGCUGCGCGGCCUCGACCGUACUUCGUUCCACUCCUGCAGCAGGUUCUUGGUCUUCCGCCUUCUACUAGUCCUCCUCCUUCUUUAGAGUGUCCACAGCCAGUCCCGUCACAGUUACAGUUGCAGCCUACCUCCCCUUUGCCUGCUCCUUCUCCCUACACUGGUCCUACUGGAGGUCUUGCUAAGCGUCGUGAGCCUGCGUCUCGUCCUGCGUCGCCUGUCCGGGCUGCUCGCGCUAGUGGUCGUGGUUCGCGUCAGCGUCCUCCUCCUGUCCGUGGCACGCACCGGAUGUCUCUGCGUCCCUCCAUUGCUCCUCUGCGUGCCCCUCUGCCUUGUCCUCCUGAGUCCUCUCUUCCUGCUUUUGCCGACCCGGAGUCGGACUCUCUUCGUGCUGCCAGUCCUACUGUCACGCGUCUCCUAGCUACUGUCGUCACUGACCCUUCCUUCGAGUCCACUGCUGCGUCUGCCUUAGUUGCUGAGCUGGUCGACUUUGCUGCUCGCUGUCGCCUAGACUACGCUGCUAGUCUUGUCGCUGAGUCUGAGUCUGUCUGUCCUCCGUCCGUCGGGGGUGAGUGUGCUCUUGGCACAGACGUCCUUGAGGAUAGGCAGGAGGAGUUCCAGUGCUUGGCAGUUGCUUCACCUCAUCUUGUGUCCGUACUGCUUACCCCUGAGGGAGACCCGGAUGCACUUGACAUCCCGACUCCGCGCUCUUACGCGGAGGCGAUAGAGGGUCCCUACUCCUCUCAGUGGCAGGCAGCUAUGGAUGCAGAGAUGGCUUCCUGGAAGUCCACAGGCACCUACGUUGACGGUGUCCCCCCUCUUGGGGCGAACAUCGUCAGUGGCAUGUGGAUCUUCAGGGUGAAGCGGCCGCCGGGUUCUCCGCCUGUCUUCAAGGCGCGUUACAUGGCUCGUGGCUUCAGUCAUCGGCAGGGAGUUGACUACUUUCAGACCUUCUCUCCCACCCCGAAGAUGACCACUCUUCGGGUACUGCUGCACGUUGCUGCUCACCGUGACUACGAGCUGCACUCUCUUGACUUCAGCACAGCUUUCUUGCAGGGCAGCCUGCACGAGGAGAUCAGGCUGCGCCGCCCACCUGGCUUCACUAGGUCUUUCCCUCCUGGUACUCAGUGGAGUUUCGGCGUCCAGUCUACGUCACACAUGGUGCAACAGGUCCUUCAGCGCUUCGGCUUCACGCACUCCUCACCUCAGGCCACUCCUCUGCCUACUCGCCACUCGCUCUCAGCUCUGCCUUCGGAUGAGUCCGUAGAGUCGAGUGGCCCGUACCCAGAGCUUGUUGGCUGCCUCAUGUACCUGAUGACCUGCACACGACCUGACCUUGCAUACCCUCUUAGCAUUCUCGCACGCUAUGUUGCUCUUGGUAGACCCCGACCAGAGCACAUGGCUGCAGCGAAGAGGGUGUUGCGCUACUUGUGCAGUACGUCGUGCAUGGGGCUAGUGCGUGGAGGGCGGAGUCUAGUAGUCCUCACUGGGCACGCGGACGCUUCUUGGGCUGACGACCAGGCUACGCAGCGGUCCUCACAGGGCUACACCUUCAGCCUUGGUUCCGGCUCUGUUUCGUGGCGGGCUACUCGCUCGUCUUCCGUUCUUGGCUCCAGUUGUGAGGCAGAGAUCUACGCCGGGGCCAUGGCUGCACAGGAGCUUCGCUGGCUCACCUACCUGCUGACCGACCUUGGAGAGUCGCCUCGUUCUCCUCCAGUCCUGUACGUAGACAACAAGGCCAUGCUGGCCUUGUGUCGAGAGGAGAGACUGGAGCACAGAACAAAGCACAUUGCUCUUCGCUACUUUCUUGCUCGUGAGCUACAGCAGCGUGGUCAGUUGCGACUUGCGUACGUGGCCUCUGAGGCCAACACUGCUGAUGUCUUCACCAAGGCACUUGCGCCUUGUGAUCAUCAGCGCUUCUGCACGCAGCUGGGUCUUGUGCCUGUUUUGCCUCACUUACUUACCUCUUGA